CAGAGCCGAAGGUAGCGCUGCCCGUGCGCUAUGAUGCCCUUUGGUGGGAUGGCUGCCCGGCUGGAGAGAGACCGCCUGAGGGCCGAGGGGGUUGGCCAGCACGACAACGCUGUCAAGUACCUCAACCAGGACUAUGAGGCCCUCAAACAGGAGUGUAUUGAGAGUGGCACCCUCUUUAGGGACCCACAGUUCCCAGCUGGCCCCACUGCCCUCGGAUUCAAGGAGCUGGGGCCGCACUCCAGCAAGACACGGGGGGUGGAGUGGAAGCGCCCGUCGGAAUUAGUGGAUGACCCUCAAUUCAUUGUUGGUGGUGCAACCCGGACAGAUAUCUGCCAGGGGGCUCUGGGCGACUGCUGGCUGCUGGCUGCCAUCGGCUCCCUCACGCUCAACGAGGAGCUCCUGCACCGCGUGGUGCCCCAUGGGCAGAGCUUCCAGGAGGACUAUGCUGGCAUCUUCCACUUCCAGAUCUGGCAGUUCGGCGAGUGGGUGGAUGUGGUGGUGGAUGACCUGCUGCCCACUAAGGAUGGGGAGCUCCUGUUUGUCCACUCAGCAGAGUGCACUGAGUUCUGGAGUGCUUUGCUGGAGAAAGCCUACGCCAAGCUGAACGGCUGCUACGAGGCGCUGUCGGGGGGCAGCACCACCGAGGGCUUCGAGGACUUCACCGGGGGGGUGGCAGAGAUGUAUGACCUCAAGCGGCCGCCGCGCAACAUGGCCCAGAUCAUCCGCAAGGCGCUGGAGAGGGGAUCCCUGCUGGGCUGCUCCAUCGACAUCACAAGUGCCUUUGAUAUGGAAGCAGUGACCUUCAAGAAGCUGGUGAAGGGCCAUGCCUAUUCUGUCACAGCCUUCAGAGACGUGGACUUCCGGGGUCAGCGGGAGCAGCUCAUCCGCAUCAGGAACCCCUGGGGUCAGGUGGAGUGGACUGGAGCCUGGAGCGAUGGCUCCUCCGAGUGGGACAGCAUUGACCCUGGUGACAGGGAAGAGUUGCAGCUGAGGAUGGAGGAUGGAGAGUUCUGGAUGUCUUUCCGGGACUUCAUGAGGGAGUUCUCCAGGCUGGAGAUCUGCAACCUGACCCCCGAUGCCCUCACCAAGGAUGAGCUCAGCAAGUGGCACACACAGGUGUUCGAGGGCACAUGGCGCCGGGGGAGCACUGCUGGGGGCUGCAGGAAUCACCCAGCGACGUUCUGGAUCAACCCACAGUUUAAGAUCAAGCUGCUGGAGGAGGAUGACGACCCUGGGGAUGAUGAAGUGGCCUGCAGCUUCCUAGUGGCUCUGAUGCAGAAGCACCGGCGGCGGGAGCGGCGUGUGGGGGGCGACAUGCACACCAUCGGCUUUGCCGUCUAUGAGGUUCCUGAAGAGGCCCAGGGCAGCCAGAAUGUGCACUUAAGGAAGGACUUCUUCCUGAGAAACCAGUCGCGGGCACGGUCUGAGACCUUCAUCAACCUGCGGGAGGUGAGCAACCAGAUCCGCCUGCCCCCCGGCGAGUACAUCGUCGUGCCCUCCACCUUCGAGCCACACAAGGAGGCCGACUUCAUCCUGCGGGUCUUCACCGAGAAGCAGUCAGACACAGCGGAGCUGGAUGAGGAAAUCUCAGCGGAUCUGGCAGAUGAGGAGGAAAUAACGGAGGAUGACAUAGAGGACGGCUUCAGGAACAUGUUCCAACAGCUGGCAGGGGAGGACAUGGAAAUCAGCGUCUUUGAGCUCCGGACUAUUCUGAACAGAGUCAUCGCUAGACACAAAGAUCUGAAGACAGAUGGGUUCAGCCUGGACUCCUGCCGCAACAUGGUCAAUCUGAUGGAUAAAGACGGCAGUGCCCGCCUGGGGCUGGUGGAGUUCCAGAUCCUAUGGAACAAGAUCCGGAGCUGGCUGACGAUCUUCCGCCAGCACGACUUGGAUAAGUCAGGCACCAUGAGCUCCUACGAGAUGCGCAUGGCUCUAGAAUCAGCUGGUUUCAAGCUGAACAACAAGCUGCAUCAGGUGGUGGUGGCUCGCUAUGCAGAUGCUGAUAUGGGUGUGGACUUUGACAACUUUGUCUGCUGCCUUGUGAAGCUGGAGGCCAUGUUCAGGUUCUUCCACAGCAUGGACCCUGAAGGCACUGGCACCGCUGUCAUGAACCUGUCUGAGUGGCUGUUGCUGACGAUGUUUGGCUAGGAGCCACGACAGAUCCACUGCAGCUGGGACACCGCAGGGGGGGCAGGCCCCUUCAAGUGCCUCCCCUUGGAUCUGUGGACACAGGAUACUCUUCCUCCCUUGCUCCAUCCCUGGCUGAGCCACUAGCCCUGCCUCCUGGCAAGCAUCAUGCCACCGUCUCCAGUGGGCCAGGGGUCAAGGCAGGCAGGGCAUGCCCUUCUCCUCUUCUGGGCUGGGCUUCUUUCCAC